AAGCGGAAGCGUGUGCGCGUAUUCUCACUUCCGUCGAGUGGGCGCGCGACUUGAUUCGUUCUGCCCGGGUGACUCGGCCGCCGCCGCUGGGAAAUGGCGGGACUUACUCCUAUGGAGAAGAAGCUGGCUGAAUACAAAUGUAACACAAACGAAGCAAUUCAGCUAAAACUAGUUCGCUUUCCUGAGGAUUUGGAGGAUGACAACACAACAUUUAAUCCAGAGUAUAGCCAUCAAGUGUUUGGUGAUGAUGAAGUUGCCUUUGGCUACAAGGGACUGAAGAUUCUCUUAUACUAUAUUGCUGGUAACCUGUCAACUCUCUUCCGCAUUGAAUAUACAUCUAAAGUUAAUGAGAAGUUUGACUGUGUGGAGGCAGAUGAUGUUGAAAGUAAAAUUAGAGAAAUUAUUCCUCCUGGCUUUUGUACAAACACAGAUGACUUUGUCUCUCUGUUGGAAAAGGAGGUCAACUUUAAGCCCUUUGGAAUGCUGCUACACACAUAUUCUGUUCACAAUGAGGAAGCUGGUGAAGACAUUGCAUAUCAGAUAUAUAAGGCUGACAUGACGUGUCCAGGCUUUCGAGAAUAUCAUGAAAGGCUUCAGACAUUCUUGAUGUGGUUUAUUGAAACUGCUAGCUUUAUUGAUGUAGAUGAUGAAAGAUGGAACUACUUUAUAGUAUUUGAGAAGUAUAAUAAGGAUGGAGCUACGCUCUUUGCGACCGUAGGCUACAUGACAGUCUAUAAUUACUAUGUGUACCCAGACAAAACCCGGCCACGUGUAAGCCAGAUGCUGAUCUUGCCACCAUUCCAAGGAGAAGGCCAUGGUGCUCAGCUUCUCGAAACAGUUCAUAGAUACUAUAUGUCUUCUCCUACAGUACUUGAUAUAACAGCUGAAGAUCCAUCUGAAAACUACAUAAAGCUAAGAGACUUUGUUCUUGUAAAGCUCUGUCAAGACUUGCUUUGCUUUUCCCCAGGAAAGUUAAUGCAAGGCUUUAGCCAAGAAAUGGUAAUGGAAGCUCAACAGAAGCUGAAAAUAAAUAAGCAACACACAAGGAGAGUUUAUGAAAUUCUCCGAUUGCGUGCAACAGAUAUGGGUGAUGCAGAACAAUCCAGAAGCUACCGGUUGGAUGUUAAAAGAAGGCUGAUUGGCCCCUAUAAGAAAAAGCAGAGAGAACUUGCCAAGAUGAGAAGGUGCUUAAGACCAGAAGAGCUGACAAAUCAAUUGAACCAAAUAGACCUAAACAUGCAACACGAACAGUUAGAAGAGAGCUUCCAGCAACUUGUUUCAGAUUACCGAAGAGUCCUAGAACGACUUGCACAAGCAUGAGGAUCUGACCUGUACAGGAAACUUGCAGAUUUCUACACAGUGUUAUGAAGCACAUCCUUAAUUGCCACUUAACUGCAAAAAAAAAAACAAAAAAAAAACCAACCUUGUGACGUUUUAAUCACAUUAAGGGUAAAUUGUGUUUCUGUGCAUUUAAAAUAUUUUCUAUUUUAGUGUUGUAGAUUUAAAAUGUUGUUCUUCAAGUUUGGGAGCACUUACUGCUGAAAUAAACUGUAGAUUCCCAGAUACAAUAA